CAUUUUCUGAACAUUUCUCUGAUCCAGAAUGAAUACAUAAUAGACAAAUAAGUAGAUUCUAUUCAUUCUUUCAAUUAUCAUGUUUUCAUGCCACCCAUGAAACAACGGUCACUUGUCCGCUGUUAAAGUAUUUUUUUGAUUUGUAUUUUUGAUAUUUUUGCUUAUAGAUCAUAAAUGCAGUAUUCAUUAAUUUGUAAUGUUUUUUUAUACGUCGGUUUAGACAGUUUAGACAUAGACAUAGUUUAAAUGGUUCUAAUGAGUGUGUGUUAGUGUGUGUGUGUGUUAGUGUGUGUGUGUGUGUGUGUGUGUGUGUGUGUGUGUGCGUGUGCGUGUGCGUGUGCGUGUGCGCGUGCGCUGGUGUGUGUGAUGUGUUAACGUGCUGGUCCAAAGCAAUCAUGUGUGUGUCAACGAUUGACAAUUGAAACUUGAUUACAAAAGCCAUUUCUCUUGUCUGUCAUGCAAUUUCAUGGUCUGAAAAUUGUGAAAAUAAGCCAUCCUAAGAAAAAUGCAAUUUUAUAAAGCUGUUUUUGUACACUGACCUUUUGGCUUGUAUUCUAUGCUUAUUGUGCAUUUGUAAGGAUUUGUAAAUGGUUUUAGAUACUGGACAUAAAACAUGUUGAGGCAUAAGUCCAACCAAUUAUUUCCAAUCUCAAUGAACAACAUGUGACAGGGCUGGGGGGAGGGGGGAGUGAAAUUGAAAUAGCAUGUCAGUUUCUGAACGCAGGAAGGAAAAAAGUUUGGUUUGGCCUGUAGAAAGAUGCCACUUCCUCCAGUUGACUGCAUCGUGAGAGCGGAGCUGAAUUGAGGUCAGUGCUACUACUGCACAGAGGCGUUCUGUUCUGCACUUUUCAUUUGCAGACACACGUUUAGUUGAGUUCUAUAGCCUCGUCAUGCGUCAGCUGUGAAAAAUGAUCUUGGUAGUGCAAUGAUAACUUAACUUAACUACGUUCACCAUGCUGUUUCUUCUGCAAGACUGAAGUCAUUUAAAGCACCUGCUUGCAGCCACAAGGAUCUGGAGGGAUUUUAAAGUCUCAUCUCGCCACUGAAGCGGAGGAUUUCCCUCCAUACUGACUGAUCGGCGCUGCUCCGAGAGAGGGACCAGAGGCGGUGGGAGUGGACGGAGCGGGCAGGGAGAGGGUUUGAAGGGUGACUCAACGGAAACGAACGGGACCAGGAGAGGGGGGAGAGCGGGUGCUUUGUGAGACACCGGGUGGCGCGCGGCCAUGGAUCUGAGCUUGCUUCAAACCCUGGAGAGAGAGAAGAUCCUGCAGGUUCUCCAGAGAGACCGAAUGCUGCGCACCAUCGAAGAGGAGAGGAUAAGGAGGAUGAAGCAGGAGCUGCAGGAGAUCCGCCGCCGCGGCGCCAAGAGCCUGUCCCGGCAGUACAGCGAGAGGACGUGCGCCCGCUGCCAGAGACCCCUGGGCAAGUUCUGGAACUCGGGGGACGUGUGCUGCGGCUGCAGCCACCGCAUCUGCAGCCGGUGCCGCGUGGGAGGGACCACGUCUUCUCAUUGGGUGACGGCGCCGAUGCCGGAGUGGAGGUGUACCGUCUGUCACGCCUACAGGGACAUCAGGGUGCGUUCCGGCGAGUGGUUCUUGGAGGAGACGGCUAAGAAGUUUCCCAUUACCACAGGCAGACAUGACACUGUUGGUGAGAAGCUACUGAAGUCAUACAGUAUGCUGAGUAAUAUAUCUAUCGUGCCACCCACUCCUCCACCCUAUCUCGACUGUCCCAUUUUCUGCAGAUCUGGGGACCCUCUCACACACUCUGCAUUUUUUACCAAAUCAGUGGAAGACCUGAUGGUUUCAUUCACCAGUCAAAUUAAGAAAAUUUCCAAGUCUCAGAAUGACGUGCGUAGCGACCAGGCUGACAAGCUGACCGUGGGGAACCCCACCCCAAUGUCCCCCUCCAACUACACCGGGCAGAAGAGCCUGUCUGACACCGACAUCAAAUCUCUCCACCUGACCAGGGGCCACAGUAUGAGCAGCCUGUUGCACUGGAGUAAGGACAACCAGGACGGCAUGUCCCCGGGGUCCGACGCGGACCUGUCCCUCUGGGCCUCCGGACCUGUAGCGGCAAGAGAGGCAACCAGCAGCAUCGUCAGCGUGGACUGUGGGGCCUCUGGCAGCAGCCGGAGUGUGACUGGGGCGCUGGAGCUGGCACUCGCUUACCACAACACCACUUCCUGCCUGCAGGUCACCGUCAGAGGCUGCCAGAAUGUCAGCUACGGCAACGCCAAGAAGAAGAAGUGUAACCCGUACGUCAAGAUCUACCUGGAGACUGACAAGGCUCAGGCUAGUAAGAGGAAGACGUCGGUCAAGAGGAACACCACGGAUCCGGUAUAUAAUGAAGUCCUACAGUAUCAGAUAGAGCGCCACCUGCUGUCUGCCUGCACCCUGCGGGCCUCGGUGUGGCACUCUGGCAGCCUGAAGAGGAAGGUGUUCCUGGGGGAGACGCUCGUACCCCUGAAGGCCUGGAGCUCUGAGGAGAUGACCGUCGCCUGGUACCCGCUGUGCUCAAAGCGCCCCGUGGCUCCAGAAGGGGGCACAGUGGAGCAGGUGAAAGCGGAGAUGCACAUCAGUCUCAAGCUGGGGCCAACGUGUGAGACCUCCUCCAUCUGCCAAACACAUGGGGUUGAUAUUGGCUCACAAGGCUAUCAUCGACUAACUGUCCUUAUCAAAGGUGUCAAAAACCUUCCCAUUAAAGCAAACACUAGUCAGAACAUGGACGUCAAAGGGUGCCUGACCCUGUCCCGGGGUAGGAAGGUGCUCAGCUCCAACCUGAGGAACGGCGCCUGCUCCGACUCGGCCCAGCUGCUGUUUGACGGGCUGUCCCGCUCCGAGCUGGCGGACUGCGUGCUGGUCCUGGACGUGUGGGACCACACCCACCUCUCCCUGACGGACAGACCCCUCGGUGGCGCCCGGUUAGACGCCAAUAAGACUGGGUUGCCAUGGCAAACGGUGUUGCAGGCAACCAACAAGUGGCAUGACUUCAGCCUCCCUCUCGUCACCAACGUCAGCUCCAGAAGAACGUGACGCAGCAGCUGUGACACCAGGCCCUCACCCACGCCACCUUUGCUCUGUCUACCCAUGGGACCUCCCUCCUGGUCCAUCCACGCUCCCUGCAGCGGCUGGUCUGGUGGUUCACAGGGAGGGCGGACGUACUCUAAAUAAGGAAGGAGGAAGAAAAUUUCAGAAAAAUUAGGAUUAGAUUUGGGAGUAAAAAUUAAUUCAUGAAUGUGUUUUUUUAUUUUUUUUUUAUUUAUAAUUAUUUUAUAUUUGUAUUGUCCACACCAGUACUCAGACGUGGACUCGGACCCUGAAUGCAUUCGGACUCAUGUCAGAGAAUGAUUUGAUAAACGGUGCGAAAAAGGGAGUUUCAGAAUGUGAUCGCUCAUCUCUUGUGAGCGAUCCUCUUGUCAUCUCUGUGGCUGUGUGAUGUUGCUAGUUGCUUGUUAGACGCGCCCACAGGGUUCAUGGCAGCUGAGAGAUUAGUCUGUAAAGGGGUGUGGUGCUAGUUAGACACACCAACAGCAAAUAAUUAAUGUGCCAUCAUGGUCAUUGUUCCGCUUACUGUAUUCACCUUCUAGUACCUAAGGAAAAGAAAAAACACACUCACAAGAGUUUCAAACUUUCGAAGCUCAUCUGCAAUAGAGAUGUAAUUUCAGGGAUCACAUGAUCACCAGUUCAUCCAUGUGCGCUCUCACCCUCCUAUCUAUAUCACUGGAACACACGUUUUGAAAAUCGGUCUCUUAUGACAUCACAAGUGGGCGUGUCCACCUUGAUGUGGGCUGAAUUGAUCAGUCUACCAGCCUACCAAGUGGACUGUAGCUCAUUUAUCCAGCGCACAAUUAGGUGGAAAGGCCCACUUGUGAUGUCAUAAGAGACAGAUAUUCAAAGCGGCUUGUAACCGUUAAUCACACUCACACCUGUUGGCGUGAAAUGGGACCUUUAAUCAUUUUCUAGUGUGUGUUUCUAAGUCACUUUUUCUAGAAAGUAUAUUGCUAGUAUUUAAACAAACUUGAAAUGUUAAGUUUGGGUUUGUUCCUUUCUGCCUUUUGCCAUAAAACAAAUCCUAAAACAAUUCCUUGAACUUUUUCUAAAUACUUAUAUAGCACUAAUAGAUAGUGCUAUAUAAAAGAGGUUUGGAUUAUAGCCACUGUGCAUAACGGACCAAUCAGAACUCCUCAUAGAGAUGACAUCACAGUUAGCCUAACCCAUAUGAGAGGGAAACGGGUGUGAGGAUGGAGGGCCAUGAGCCAGAGAGGGCCCGGAGUCACGUAGAGAAAGAAACAACUUCUAAUGACUGAUUCAUCAACCUGCUCUGGAUAUUUUUAUAUGUAAUCUCUGAUUCAUAAGUCAACCUGACAAAAAGUUAACCACAAGCUAUUUAAUAGCACUGCACCAAUGUACAACCAAUUAAACAAAAAUAUCACUCCUGUA